AUGCUUUUCCCAGGCUGCUGGGCGGUGACGGGCCCCGGGGCAGUGCGCGGCCCCCCGGGCGGGUCAGUGGCUGUGCGGUGCCAGUACCGGACGGGCUAUGAGGAUUAUCACAAGUUCUGGUGCCGGGAAGGAGGAAGUUUGGUAGAAGGUUGGUUCUGGUGCAACGGUCACAUCGUUGAGACCGAUGGGUCGGAGGCGGAGGUGACGCGGGGCAGAGUCUCCAUCCGAGACAAUCACACCCAGCGCGUGUUCACUGUGACCCUGGACAACCUGACACGGGCAGACGCCGGCACGUACCACUGCGGGGUAUGCAACCAGCUUCUUCUUCCCCCUCAAUAUCUACUUCCCUCUGGACAACUGCUGAGAAAGGGAAAUCCAGCUUCUCCACUAACCAGGACACCACUGCCUCUGUGCUGCUGGGCGGUGACGGGCCCCGGGGCAGUGCGCGGCCCCCCGGGCGGGUCAGUGGCUGUGCGGUGCCGGUACCGGACGGGCUAUGAGGAUUAUCACAAGUUCUGGUGCCGGGAAGGAGGAAGUUUGGUAGAAGGUUGGUUCUGGUGCAACGGUCACAUCGUUGAGACCGAUGGGUCGGAGGCGGAGGUGACGCGGGGCAGAGUCUCCAUCCGAGACAAUCACACCCAGCGCGUGUUCACUGUGACCCUGGACAACCUGACACGGGCAGACGCCGGCACGUACCGCUGCGGGGUAGUGAGAACUGGGCUUCUUGAUCUCAGGGCCGCUGUGGAAGUCACCGUCUCCCCAGCUAAUUCUUCCCCAAUCCCAACAAAAAGGUCAUCAUCAGCAACAGUGCCACCAGCUUCUUCUUCCCCCUCGAAACCUACUUUCAUCUGGACAACUACUGAGAAAGGGAAAUCCAGCUUCUCCACUAACCAGGACACCACUCCCUCUGUGGCCCAAGACUCACACAUCCUCCUCCACAUCCUGCUACCAUGUGUCCUGCUGCUUCUCAUUUUGUUUCUGCUCGCUGCUGUGAUGUUGAGCUUUCAGGAGCAUCUGUGCAGAGGGACAAGAACAUCAACCUGUCAAAUUUGGGGUCAGAAGAGGUUUCUUAUGCCACUGUGACGAUUUCCACCCCCGACCAGCAGCCCAUCUAUGCCAACGUGGAGCAGCGCCCCAAGACAACACGCCCAGCCAAGCCCCCUGAGGAAACCCUGUACAGUGCUGUGAAGAAGCCACCCAAACACUAACCUUGGAUAUGAGGCAGAGUGGGGAUGGGGGGGCUGCAUAGUCCUUAUCCAAGCUGCUUGAUCCCUACCUGGAAAAAUUUGAAGUAACCGGGUUUAGAACCAAAUCUGACCUGUACAAACUCCAGCAGCUGUUGUAGGCAGAGGACUUACAGACACACUCAGCUGGAACUGGAGUCUGUGGGUCUGUACGAUGGCCAGGUGGCCUGAUGGAAUUAAACAGUUGCUGUUCUCUUGUGA